CAGAGCUUCUUCACAAUGGCAAGUGUAACAUCUUCAGCUGUUUCCAUCCCAUCGUUCACCGGCCUCAAGGCCAUCGGAGCCACCGCUUCACGGGCCACCACCGUGAAGGUGGCGGCCGCCGCCACCCCCAAGCUUUCAGUGAAAGCUUCACUGAAAGACGCCGCUGUUGCAGCCGUUGUUAUUUCCGCCAGUGCAUUGCUCGCGAGCAACGCACUGGCCGUCGAGGUCUUGCUGGGAGCCAAUGACGGUGGUUUGGUUUUCGAGCCGUCGACCUUCACCGUCGCGCCCGGUGAGAAGAUCGUGUUCAAGAACAACAGAGGGUUCCCGCAUAACGUGGUGUUUGACGAGGACGAGAUCCCGGCGGGCGUUGACGCAGCGAAGAUAUCGAUGAGUGAGGAGGAUUUGUUGAAUGCAAAUGGAGAGACAUAUUCAGUGACAUUGACUGAGAAAGGGACUUACAGUUUUUACUGUUCACCACACCAGGGUGCUGGUAUGGCUGGAAAAGUUACUGUCAACUAAGCAUGGUUUCAUUUAUGUCUCUCAUUUCUUAAAUAAACUUCAUAAGGUUUGAUUUUGUAUAGAGUUGAAUAGACCAAGAUUUAUCCAAUGGCUCUAUCAUUUUAUUUGGAAAAAAAAUGUUGCAAUUUUGAUGGU